UGAAUCAUCUAAGAAAAAAUGGGUAAAAUUCGGUUUCUCAAAUCUCUUUUUGUUUCGGUGCUUUUGCUUCUUUCUUUCUCUCGAGGAUUUGAUCGGAAAGUGAUGGAGACUGUAGAAUAUCAGGCAACUACUCAAAUGCAGGAAAUUGGAGUAAUACCAAGGACAAUGAUUGAAGUGAUGGACUAUAAAGAUCCAGAGCCAAACACUAACACCCAAACAGGGUACAUAUUCGCCCCUCCCUCGUAAAGCUAAUUGAGCUUUGUUAGCAAUCCAAACUCAAAAUAGGGUGCUGUUAUUGUUUUCUUUUUCUUUGUUUCUCUAGUCACUCAAGUGUCUCACCUUAAUUUGAAGCUCCUUUGAAUAAGAAAAUGGAUUUGAUGUU